CAACAUUGUUGAUGUUUUGCCGAAACACGCGUAAAUCGGGGAAAAUUGUUUUAAACUAAAACUGUGACAUUCUUAUAUUAUACGAGCACCCUACACUAGUCAAAAUUAAGUACGAUUUCCGCGUGUGCUCAUCUAAACAGUAGAAACCACUCAGACACUUCUAAUCUCCUGCCCUAAGAACCGCCUCAAAGAUGCCCCAAUCGAAACAGCGCGGCGGGGCCGCGUCAGCAUCCUCGAAUGAUUCGAAAUACGAUCUUGGUAAAAUUUCGGCUCGCGUUGAUCGCGUCAAUGUCAGCGGCUUGCUGCGUACACACAACGACUAUGUGAUGAGAGCAGCGGACGGGCUCUUCAAGGCCGACAAUUUCCAGGACCUCAUGCUGGAGGCCAUGUCGACCAAGUCCUAUCUGCACGAGCUGGGCAUCUUCAAGGACGUGAGCGUACACAUAGAUGUCAGUCGCGGUGCUGAUGCCUCGCCCCAGGGUUAUGAGAUCACAUUCAAGGGCAACGAGUACUCCCGCCUGAUGGGCUCAGCAGGCACAGAAGUGGGCCAGAACGAAGGCUCCCUGCGCACAGAGCUGACCAUACCCAACAUUCUGGGGCGCGGCGAGAGCAUCUCCCUCCAGGGCAGCUACAGCAACACCAGAGCCAAUGAUCUGCAGCUCAAGUUCUGGAAACCAUUCUUCCACACACGCUUUCGCGAGAAUAGACCCGAAUUCUCGUUCAGCAUAUUCAGGCAAACGGAUCGCUUCGACAUUAGCUCUUUCCAAUCCACAAAUCUGGGCUACUUGAUUGACUUUUCGGCCCACAGCAGCCUGGGAGUGGAUCUAACUCACUCGCUGCAGUACGAGAACUCGAUCAGGAACGUGGGUCUGCUAAACAAAUCCGUGCCGUUUAGCAUUCGGGAGCAUUGCGGGCCAAAACUGGCCUCAUUGGUGCGCUACUCGGUGGUGUUUGACAAUCGGGAUGCCAAUGUCUUUGCCACCCGCGGCAUUCUACUGAAAUCCACCAACGAGUACUGCGGUCUGGGUGGAAACAUCGCCUAUACCAGCAGCACAGCUCACGGCGAGGUGAAUGUUCCACUCUUCUCUGACUUUGUGGCACAGUUCUGUGGACGCGUGGGCAUUGUCAAGGAGACCAAACAGACCACCUUGCUGCCCAUUGGUUCGCUCUUCUAUUGCGGUGGACCCAUGACAUUGCGAGGAUUCAAAUACGGCGGCGCUGGGCCCGUGGUCGAUGGCACACCGAUUGGGGCGCAGACCUACUGGUGCACGGGGGCGCAUCUGUGGACGCCUCUGCCAUUUGCUGGCAUCUUCAAGAGCCUGGCCAGCAACUUUAGAAUGCAUUUCUUCUACAACAUUGGUAACACCAAUAGUUUUAGCUUUGAGAACAUGCGUACCGCCUUUGGCAUGGGACUGGCCUUCAAGUUCGCCGAUCGGGCACGCAUCGAACUCAACUACUGCAUCCCAGUGCGUCGCCAGGCUACCGACAAGAUUCUCAAUGGCUUCCAGUUUGGCAUCGGCUACGAGUUCAUCUAAAAAGUGUUCGUUCAACAAUAACUGGGACUGGAUGGAGUUGUCCCCCCACAGCAAAGAGCCCAUGAGAAUCGCUAACAAUCCCACGAAAUGUAGCUUGUCCUGUUCUGUAUUUUUUGUCAAUGCAUUUUUUUCCUAUAAAUUUAUUUGUAGUUCCAGCAAACACAUUUAAGUAGUUCCUAAGUGGCGUGUGUACAUACGUAAAACGAUAAACGAACAAUAUACAAAAAUGUUUAA